AUGUUAACACCACGCAGUUUGAACUGUGAAAAUAUCACGACAACCAUGUCCAGAAGAUUCAACAAUCAAAAUCAGGACUUUCUGCGUCCCAACACAAAGCGUAGCAACACAGUUAAUAAAAUUAGCGUGAUCAAUGUAAAAUCAGACCUCACGAAGGACGUAAGCAACUCAUCAAAGGAAGAGGAGAAGAUUCCAACAGUACGAGAAAUUCUAGAAACUUAUUUGGAGAACACUUCCGUGCACGGUUUGCAAUAUUUCGGUAAAACGAACUCGGAAUUCUUGGGAAAAUCCUGUGGACCUUUACCAUAUUCAUUUGUUUCGUCUGUACGUGUAAUUAUUGGUUGGAAAAUAUACGCACGGUUAUGGACGCGUCUGGUUUCAGGUUUAAGCUUGAUGGUGAUACAAUUUUUACACCGUUACAACGAGAAUCCGACCAACACGUACAUAAAAUCCUUCGACCAGCCAAUAUUCGAAGCGCCGUUCCCCGCUGUAACCAUCUGUCCAUCCAUGCCAAUCCCUUUGAAGAAAAGUUUGGCCAUUUUGGAGAACUCCGUGUUGCCUAAGAACGUGAGCAGAGAACUUGCACUAGAGAUUUUAACUUACGGACACCUUAUAACUGCACCGUACACGACUCAGGAGUACAAAGAAAUGGACAAAUUAAAAGCAUUCUUGGAUGUCAAUAAAUGGAGCACCGCGGAAUUCGUGAAAACUCUGAUCAAUUGCGAGGAUAUUUUCGAAUCAUGUUGGUGGAGCAUGGAACGCAUAGACUGUGCUAAAUCCAUCAAGCCAUCGGGUCAACAAACACAGAAGCCUCUGGCAUCCGCCGAUUUUGGUUUAUGGAGCGGUUUAAAACUCGUGAUCAACAAAGAAGUACUGACGUUCACUUCAGACGAUAAUAUACGUAAUUUCACGAGACUCAUGAAUAAUAAUGGUAUAGAGAUCGCUGUGAAACCGCAGCACGUUAAAAAACCAGAAGGACUUCAGCAUCGUAAUAAGGAGAAGCAAUUAGUUCCCAUUUGCAUUGCAGAACAUCAAAACACUUUGAAAUACUUCUCUGUCUAUCGAUAUUCAAAUUGUUACGCGAACUGUAGGAUCAAAGCCAUGAUCCAAAUAUGCGGUUGCUUACCAUUUAUCUACGACAACAUAGCCGAAUCUUACAACAUCCCGCGUUGUGAGAUAGAACGUCUACCUUGCAUCAAGGAGAAUACAAAAUUGUUAGCCAUCGUGAAAGACAUCAAGAACAAGAAUAUUACCUGCUUAUGUAGGACUCCGUGCAAAAACAUAGACUACGACGGAUACCCUAACUUAAUAUCUCUAACGAAGUCCAGCUCCUCCAUCGGUCGGUGGAAUCUUCAGCUUGUUCCUCGGCUGCAGCUUCCUCAGCGUCGUGGAGAUCAUUUACUUCGUUUACCUGGGCUGUUGCGCAGUUUUCGCACGCAAGAGGCUCGAGGCUCAAACACGCCAGACAACCAACGAGUGUUUCAUAAAUGGCCGUCGACAUGAGCAACAGGCUAAUAAUUUGAUUGAACAACUCGUUAUAUGGGUUCGGCACACGGCCUAUUGUGUAAUUCAGGCCAGCACGCGCAGUCAACAAGAAUCUGGAGCAAUUAGAUCUAUUUCGAGCGAUUACUGGAACGCCAACAGAGGCAACGUUUACCACCCGUCGGCCAGUAAAAAUAUUUGCCACGCUGUUUCCGCUUUGAACUUCUAUCCUUCUGGUUAUGUCACUCGGAGAGAAUCUUUAACCAACAGAUCCAGGAACUACGAAUUCCUCUAG